AUGGUAGAGGCCAAUCCCGAGGCGUUUCUGCGAGCCUUUGACCACGUGGCGAAACGAGUAGAGGCCGCGCGCAAGAGACGCACGGUUACGGUUACCAGCAAGUACAACUCGCGGACGGACAUCCUCCGAUCGGCACUCUCGUUAGACAUCCCGUCGCUCUCCCCCUUCCCGUUCCCGCUCCCGUCCCUCCCUCACCUUCCAUUCUUCUCCUCCCCUUCUCCCAACUCCUCCUCCUCCUCCCCCUCCUCCUCCUCUCCCUCCUCUUCGACUUCCUCCUCCCCUCCUUCCUCCCGUCCCUCCUUCCCUCUCCGCAUCAGAGCAGUGGCGGAGGGUCGACCCUCCGCGCCCUUCACCCGCUUCUCCAUCGCCCCGGAAAUCGGCCCCUUACGCUUGAGAUGGGACCGGCCGCGCCUGGUCCCCUCCUUUGGAGCCACCCUGCAUUCGGGCAACAACUCCCUCGUGCAAAUCUUCCAUGACCUUCAGGUGCGUGCGUUGGCUGCUUACCAGGUGUUUUUAAGCAGAGGGGCGACCCUCUGCGCCCGUCACCCGCUCCAUCGCUUCUGCAUUCCGGGGACAACUCCCUCGUGCAAAUCUUUCCACGACCUUCAGAUCUUCCAUGACCUUCAGGAGCGCCCCAGCCAUCGCACUGCGCUCAUGGAGCGCCCCAGCCAUCGCACUGCGCUCAUGGUGGGGUGGUGGGCUCGAUCCAUGGCCUAUCGGGCACUCCUCUCCCUCAAGCUGCCCGCCUGCCAUGUGGACAUGCUGUGGGUUGACUUCCCCAGGGGCGAGUUCCUGAUGAACCGAGUCAACGGAGUCAAGGCCAGUCUCUUCCUGCCAUGCCACCCGCUGAGAGGAGUGCUGCAGGUGGAAGGGCGGACAGCAGACACGGCCACUGUGGGGUUUGCAUAUCAGCACCCCUUGGGAACGCGUGUGACGCCCUCAUAUUCUCUCGCCGAUCGGGGACUGUCAGUGGAGGUGCUUCAGCCAAUCGCAGUGCGCCAGCUGGGACCCGCUGUAAAGCCAGAAGCUCAAAUACGGUUCAAAACCACAAUGUCAGGCACGAGGCAAGGGUGGGAGAUGGAGACCACACGGUUUCUGGGAACAAACGAGAUAGUGGGGGGAGCAGCAGAGGCGUCUCAAGGCGGGCUGGCAGUCAGUGUGGGGUACAAGGCGGGGGUGGCACCUGUUGCCUUCUUUACUCUCUUCGGAGGGGGUCGCAGGAGGCGGAAAACAGCAGUGACAGGCAAGGGAGCUGGUUACCAGCUGAGGCUGGAAUUUCCGCCGUCCAAUCUCAGACGAGCAGUCAUCUCAUGGGAUGCCACCCAUGGAAUAGAUUUCUAG